CUUUCUGUGCCAUCUGGCCUGCAGAAAGAGGGUCGCUGCUCCGCUUAUUUUCUGUUUUUCCUGCUCUCGGUGUAUUCCCGUCAGUCUCUGAAUGUAUUUCAUGAGUGAAACGAUAUAGACAAGCCCGAGUGUCCGACAACCUUCCUCUACACUUUUAUUUUUUUUUUCUUUCCUCUGACGUUCACUCGGAGGGACAACAUGAAAACUGUUGCGAAACAGAUGUUCCGGACCUGCAACAAACUUUUCUCUAGAAAAAUGCCAAAUGAUGUUUUGGAGGUCCAUCCAUCCAACAUUGAAACGGCAGCACAGAUGGAAAACAUCCAACAUCUGCCCGACUCGUCACAUCCUCCCACUGUGGAGACGUUUGGAGACGGCAUUCACCAUGUGGAGGCAGUCAUGGAGAGGGCCCACCAUGGCGGUGGAUGGCUCCUGUCUGGCAUCAUCUGCAUCAACAUCCUGAUCCUGGGCUGUGCUCUAGUCAGUGGCAGUGCCUUCAACAGUGUGGCCAUUACUGCUGUGCACAGGCAGAUCUUCCUCAUCAUUCUCUUCCUCCUCACAAUGUUUUGGAUGCUGUUUUAUUCAGCCUUCACCUCUCGAAAAGAUCAAGCAGUCUUGUUUAAAGAUAGCCAUGCGGGGCCUGUGUGGCUCCGAGGUGGACUUCUGCUCUUUGGUUUUCUAAGUCUCCUCAUGGACAUCUUCAAGAUUGCCAACUAUGUUGGCUACCUUCACUGUGAUUCUGCUGUUAAAGUUGCCUUCCCUGUCGUGCAGGCUGUAUUUUUGUUUGUCCAGACAUACUUCCUGUGUAUUCAUGCAAAGGACUGCGUACAGCUUCACACAAAUUUUACACGGUGUGGGCUUACUCUUACACUUUCAACGAACCUGGUGGUGUGGAUGGCAGCCGUGACUGAGGAAUCGCUUCACCAAACAGAAAUUCCGGAUCUAAAUGUUAAUGUCUCUCACAAGAUGUACAGGGCCAGCUAUGGCAAUCAGAAGUGUAAAUGCAGUCAUUCAGCUUGUGACACCUUCAAAGAGGCCUUCUACUACUUGUACCCCUUCAACAUAGAAUACAGCCUCUUCGCUGCAGCUAUGGCCUACGUCAUGUGGAAAAAUGUUGGUCGACUUGUCGAGGAUCACAGCCACCACAGCAUUAAGUUCCGUCCAAAGGAUGUGUGUUUGGGACCCCUGACAGGAUUAUUCCUGGUGGUGGCGGGACUUGUAACCUUCAUAGUGUACGAGGUGUACAUAUUAAAAGAGGAUGAGGAGAAGAGAAACGAUGCCCUCCUGAUUCAUUUUGUCAUGAACAUAGUGAUAGUGAGCAUGAUGUCCCUCUCUACUGUGAUUGGCUGCAUCGUCUACAGGCUUGACCACAGGGAACACGUAUCUGAGAAAAACCCCACUCGCAGCCUGGACGUGGCACUGCUGGUGGGAGCCUCCAUGGGACAGUUCAUCAUCAGCUAUUUCUCUAUUGUGGCUGUAGUGGCGACAGGAGCCAGAGGCUACCUGGACGCCCUCAACCUGUCCUGGGCUGUGCUGAUGGUGCUGCAGCUCGGACUGCAGAACUACUUCAUCAUCGAAGGCCUCCAUCGGGAGCCCUUCCAUGUGAUGCAAGAAGCAGCUCUGCACACCAACGCUCACGUCUUCCAAGAACAUACCGAGAUGAGCAUCAUGGAUAGCAAUAAGUCGAGCUAUUUCCUGACUUCAGGUCUUGAUGAUAAGCCAAGUUGGAAGAGAAGAGUGUUGAAGGAAGUCUGUGCCUUUCUGCUGCUCGCUAACAUCAUUCUGUGGAUCAUGCCUGCGUUUGGUGCCCGUCCACAGUUUGAUCAUGCCGUCGAGACAAAAUUCUACAAAUUCACAAUGUGGGCUGCCAUUGUGAAUAUUGGACUUCCUUUUGGCAUCUUCUACCGCAUGCACUCUGUUGCCAGUCUCUUUGAGGUGUACUUAAUCUCUUAGACGGACUUAUUUACAGGACUUGUUUUUUUUGUUUUUUUUCCUUUUGUUUUUAUUUUUAAAUGAGUCUUUUAUUGAUUAAAUGCUUAAACUGAACUAUAUUAAUAAAUUUUAGCUUAAAAGAAAAA